AUGGGAUUUAGUCUACCACUAGAUGAAAGAGGUCUUCCAAAAACUGAUUCAUACAUAGCAUCUUCAGCUAAAAAAAUCAGGCAGUUUAUUUUGGGAAAUGAAAAAGCUGGUUAUGCGUAUGUUAUAAUGGCUCAACCUCUCUCAGAAAGUGCUCCAUCAUAUUGUUUGUCAAUUUAUAGUACGAAUAAUAAAUUUACAUUCAGAGAAGUUAUGCAAAGGUGGAAAUACAUGAUCGAAGAAGCGGAAACGUUCGACAUCAAAAUAAUGGGGUUUUCUUCUGAUGGGGAUACUCGAUUACUCAAAUCAAUGCGACUUGCUAGUAAACUCUCCAAUUCUUCGGUAUCAUCUUCAUGGGAGUGGUAUCAUAUAGAUGAAUUGAACUUUAGGGGUUGUAGUUUUGUACAAGAUAGUGUCCACAUUGCCACAAAACUGAGAACAAGGUUCCUAAAAUAUUCGGUUGUUAUUCCUCUAGGAAAGUACUUAGCAUCGGUUAGCCAUCUGCAAAUUGUUAUUCAGGAGUUUUCAAAAGAAAAACAUUUGCUAUGUCCAUCUGAUCUGAAACCGGAAGAUAAAAUGAAUUUCCGGUCAGCCGAGAAAAUGUAUUCUGAGAAAGUUAGGCAAUUUUUGAAAUCCGUACCCUUGAGUGAGGGAACGGAAGCUUAUCUCAGGAUAAUGCAAUAUUCAGUCACUGCAUAUUUGGAUAAAGAUAUGGAGAUACAUACCAGAAUUUACAAAAUAUGUAUCAAAGAUAUCCUAGAUAGAAUCAAUAGAAUUUCUUACAUUAAUCUGAUAUUGAAUGACUUGAAUAAUGAGUUUGUUUUUCCGCGCGAGCAAAAAAAUAGGAAUAGUACGAAUCUGGAUAAUAUUGCAGAUUUAACCGACGAAAGCAUAGCCUCAACAGUACAUAAAGCAUUAUCUGAUGCUUUAAUUUGCUCCACUAAUUUGGGAAUGACGGUUUCCCCUGAUUCUUGGCUACAAGUGAAACUGUCAGAUAGAGCCAACGAAGAAAUUUUGAAUAUUGAACAAGAUAAUUUGGAAGAUAAUGAAAUCGAAAUUGAAGAUCUGAAUGUUAAAACUACAGAAUCUAAAUACUCAAUCGAUAAUGUCAUCCAAAAUGUAUUACAAGCAACGGAUAUUGAUAAUUUGGACAGCGAAAAAGAUAGGUUUGAAGACAUUUUGGAUAUGUCUGAAAUUGCAGCCAUCAGAGGAGAUUUGCAGUUGAAAGAUUUUCCCGAAUAUAAAUCUACUAUUUCUAAUAAUAGUCCUUUCGUCGAAGUUAUCGUGGAGGGAAAAAUACGAGUUCUGAAGAAAUCUUCUCUUUGUUGGCUUUUUGAUCAAACAGGACGUACCACCGUCAUCGACAUUAACCUAAUAUCUCUCGCCAAAAUAUACGGGGACAUGGCGUAUACCGCAACACGGUACCGCAUAAUACAUGAGGCACCCGCCGUAACGGUACCAUCGGUGGUACCGUCGGACGGUACCCAGAGUUCGGGGGUCAUGCGAUCUCUCCGUAUGGUCGAUUUGACCGGCCUCGAUGGUGACACCGGCCACGGUGGUACCGAUACCGAUUUUUCGGGAGGUUCAGUACGGGAAAAAUAG